UUUCGUGGCUGUUUAUUUACCACCACAGACAGAUGCUGUCACUAAGACUGCACUCAGUCAGCUGUAUAAGGAAAUAAGCAAACAGGAAACCACUCACCCAGAGGCGGUGCUCCUAGUGGCCGGAGACUUUAAUGCAGGGAAACUUAAAUUAGUUCUUCCAAAUUUCUAUCAACAUGUUAAAUGUACAACCAGAGGGAAAAAAAAUCUAGAUCACAUUUACUCCACACACAGAGACACGUACAAAGCUCUCCCUCGCCCUCCAUUUGAUAUAUUCAACCACAACUCUAUCCUCCUGAUUCCUGCUUACUAGCAAAAAUUAAAGCAGGAAGCACCAGUGACUCGGUCUAUAAAAAAGUGGUCAGAUGAAGCAGAUGCUAAACUACAGGACUGCUUUGCUAUCACAGACUGGACAUGUUCCAGGAUUCUUCCGAUGACAUUGAGGAGUACACCACAUCAGUCACUGGCUUUAUCAAUGAGUGCAUCGAGGACUUCAUCCCCACAGUGACUGUACGUACAUACCCCAACCAGAAGCCAUGGAUUACAGGCAACAUUCGCACUGAGCUAAAGGGCAGAGCUGCCGCUUUCAAGGAGCGAGACUCUAACCUGGAAAUUUACAAGGAAUCCCGCUAUGUCCUCCGACGAACCAUCAAACAGGCAAGGGGUCAAUACAGGACUAAGAUCUAAUCAUACUACACCGGCUCCGACGCACGUCUUAUGUGGCAGGGCAAACUAGCCCAGCCGAGAGCUGCCCAGUGACACGAGCCUACCAGGCGAGCUAAAUCACUUCUAUGCUCGCUUCGAGGAAAGCAACACUGAGGCAUGCAUGAGAGAAUCAGCUGUUCCGGAUGACUGUGUGAUCACGCUCUCCGUGGCUGACGUGAGUAAGACCUUUAAACAGGUCAACAUACACAAGGCCGCGGGGCCAGACGGAUUACCAGGACGUGCACAGUGCAUGUGCUGACCAACUGGCAGGGGUUGUCACUGACAUUUUCAACAUGUCCCUGAUUGAGUCUGUAAUACCAACAUGUUUCAAGCAGACCACCAUAGUCCCUGUGCCCAAGAACACUAAAGUAACCUGCCUAAAUGACUACAGACCUGUAGCCCUCACGUCCGUUGCCAACACCAUUAUCCCAGAAACCCUAGACCCACUCCAAUUUGCAUACUGCCCAAACAGAUCCACAGAUGAUUCAAUCUCUAUAUACCAAUGUGAGAAUGCUAUUCAUUGACUACAGCUCAGCGUUUCAACACCAUAGUGCCCUCAGACCUCAUUACUAAGCUAAUGACCCUGGGACUAAACACCUCCCUCUGGAACUGGAUCCUGGACUUCCUGACGGGCCGCCCCCAGGUGGUGAAGGCCCUUCUGGGACUUCCAGAGGUGACCCUGGGUCUGCUGCCAGGCGCAGGGGGGUCACAACGUCUACCCAGACUCAUAGGGUUAACAGCCGCCCUGGACCUCAUCACUACAGGUCGCCAUAUCUCUGCUGCGGAGGCCCUGAAACUGGGGAUCCUAGAUCAGGUUACCGAUAACAACGUUGUGGACCAGGCCGUGGAGUUCGUCCGGAGAGUUGCAGGCCAGCCCCUGGACUCCCGUCGUCUGAGCACCCUGCCCUGCCCCCCAGACGUUGACUCCCUCUUGGACAAAGCCAUGGUCAAGGUCCGGCAGCGCUCCCGAGGUGCCCUGGCUCCGGUGGCCUGUGUUCAGGCUCUGAUGGCGGCUGCCUCCCUACCUUACACCCAGGGUAUGGAGAAGGAGAGGGACCUGCUGACCACCCUGUUCAACAGCGGCCAGGCCCGAGCUCUGCAGUAUGCCUUCUUCUCCCAGAGGGUGGUGGGGAAGUGGAGUCUGCCUAGUGGGGCGAGCUGGGACAACAGCGCUGCCAGGACCAUCAGCAAAGCUGCUGUUAUUGGUCUGGGUACCAUGGGGCGUGGCAUCGUUGUGGCACUGGCUCUGACGGGCAUCUCUGUGGUUGCCGUGGAGACCCAAGAGAAGCAGCUGGCAGAGGCCAGUCAGGCGGUUCCGGCGAUGCUGCAGAGGGAGGCGGGGCGGCGAGGCUUGGCCACACCCCCAGGGGUUAUCUCCUUCAGCUCUAACUUGCAGGACGUUAGUGAGGUGGAGUUGGUGAUCGAGGCGGUGUUUGAGGACAUGUCCCUGAAGCUGCAGGUGUUUAGGCAUCUGUCCUCUGUGUGUAGACCUGGGACCCUGCUCUGCUCCAACACCUCUGGCUUGGACAUCGACCAGCUAGCUGCCGUCACCCAGAGCCCUGGCCUGGUGGUGGGGAUGCACUUCUUUGCUCCGGCCCACGUCAUGAAGCUGCUGGAGGUGGUGUAUGGUCCGCGGUCAUCUCCGGAGGCGGUCGCCACGGCAAUGCAGCUGGGCAAGAGGAUGGGGAAAGUCAGCGUCGCCGUGGGCAACUGUCCGGGGUUUGUGGGUAACCGGAUGUUGAAGCCGUACCUGGAACAGGCCAACUUCCUGUUGGAGGAAGGAGCCACGCCCCAGCAGGUGGACGAGGCGCUGGAGGAGUUUGGAUUCCCCAUGGGCGUGUUCCGGAUGUCUGACCUAUCAGGGCUGGAUGUGGGCUGGAGGAUCAGGAAGGAGGCGGGGCUUACAGGGCCAGGGGUGGAGUCAACCAGGACACGCCAGGGCCGACGGUACAGCCCGCUACCUGACCAGGUGUGUGAGGCAGGCCGGCUGGGCCAGAAGACGGGGAGGGGAUGGUACCAGUAUGACGGGCCUGGAGGCAGGGUGGCGCGGUCCGACCCCUGGGUGCACAUCUUCCUGGAGGCUUACAGGGCGGAGCACGGCCUGGUGGCCCGGAGCAUCGCCCCGGAGGAGAUCCUAGAACGCUGUCUCUACGCUCUGAUCAAUGAAGGCUUCAACAUCCUGCAGGAUGCCGUGGCCGCCGGACCGGAAGACAUCGACGCUAUCUAUGUGUUUGGGUACGGCUGGCCCCGGCACCACGGGGGACCCAUGUUCCAUGCAGGCCAGGUGGGAUUGGGCAGGAUCCUGGAGAGGCUGCAGCACCACCACCACAACCACCCUGACGUGCCUCAUCUGAAGCCCAGUACGCUGCUGCGGAGGCUGGUCGCAGUGGGAAGUCCUCCGGUCCAGAAGUGGAGAGAGUUCAUCAACAAAGAAAGAGUCCACAGUCAGCUCUGAGAUGCCCCAGUCUCACCUGUCAAUGCAACCCUGUGAUUUAAUAAUAAAGUCUCACAUUAGAGAUACGCCCAGGGAUUUCUCGGGGGAUUUCUCGGGGGAUUUAUAGUGUGAUUUCUCGGGGGAUUUCUAGGGUGAUUUCUUGGGUGAUUUCUUGGGGGAUUUCUUGGGGAUUUCUAGGGUGAUUUCUAGGGUGAUUUCUAGUGUGAUUUCUCGGGUAUCAGUGCCUUCCCCACCAUCAGCAUGUGUGCCAAGUAUCUUAGGAAAUGUGAUCUACUGUAAGAAAUACAUUUUCGGUAAUACAUUUUCUCAUGCUUUCAAAAUAAUACCUACUGACACGUUUAUGGAGGGUUGGUUUUGUAUUGUGUUUAAUUGGGGCUUAAUAUUUGACUAGAUUUAGCUGAACAGAGAAUUGGGUAUUUUGACAAGUCAUACUCAUAACUUAAUAGUGUUUUCCACAUCAGUGGGGUUUAGCCUUUGGCUGUUGGCAUUUCAUUCACCCUCCUGUCAAAAUUAAUUAACCAUUAUUCUGCCUUUACCGGGGUGGAGAGAGGUCCUGAUGCAGACUGAAUCUGCAACCAGGCCUUUGUCUCUUAGCCGUGGAGAACCAGCCUGAUCUGAUCGCUGGCUCAAUUCAAUCAAAACCUGUGUUUGCUCUUUUUUCCAAUGGUCAAAUGAACUCACAGACUGGUCACUGUGUAAAAACCUACAACUACUACCAGGGCGACCCCACCCCCCAACAGGUAUGCUUUCACGUUACAGAAUUAGAAGUGUGUGGGAUGAAUAUUGUAAAUAAAGACAUUGCUAUGGCUGGUUUAAAUGAAUCCCAGCCAUCACUUCUAUUUAUGGUUUGUUGCUAUUAGGUGUUUUUUUAGGUAGAUUGUUUCCGUGGGUUAUGAAAACCAGAUGUUUAGGGAAAUAACAUUUAUGAAUAAAUACAAAACAUAUGCCUUUCCAAAUGUAGACAUACAGUACAUUCAGAAAGUAUUCAGACCCCUUGACUUUUCACACAUUUUGUAACGUCACAGCCUUAUUCUAAAAUGAAUUAAAUACAAAAUCUGACAAAGGCAAAAACAGGUUUUUAGAAAUCUUUGCAAAUGUAUUAAUAAAAAACAAGUAUUCAGA